CAUGUAUGACGUGAACAUCCGUUUUUUCUCCGCUCUGCCAACAACUGAUUUCCGGGAAGAAAUCAGAAUGACUCAUGACCAAGAAACCAAGAAUUAUCUGUUAUACUGUAUCUCUAAAGCAUCUUGUGCUCCUUCCGGUUUGUCUGUCGAUACCGCAGAUCUUUUAGCGCGCUGUUUCUCUACUCGCGACGACUGUGCCAUGGAGCGUCUGCUUGAAAAGAAAGUCUUCCUUAUCAGCACCUUGUCGGCUGACCCUGUCUUCAUCUUGCAGCAUGUCCAACAGGAUAAAAUCAUCACCAGUCGUGAAUACAACAAUCUUAAGCACAUUAAUCAUACACAUGAGAAAAUUGUCACUAACCUUCUGGACACUGUAAUGAGCAAGGGUGAUGCGUCGUGUCACAAAUUUAUGGAACUUUUGCAGCAAAAAGAGGUUCAGGACACUUUCCCUGUGCUGAAGGAAUUUUUCAUCCCUGCACCUACAGCACACAAUCAGGAUAAUAAAGUCAAAGCAGGUGAUGAGAUUAAUGAAUACAAAAUGUCCAGCGUACCACGUGGUCUCUGUUUGAUCAUUAACAAUAUAACAUUUGUUUCACCCAACCAAGUCCGUAACGGAUCUAUUUUGGAUGAAGAGUCUCUCCAAAAGUUGUUCCAGUGGCUGGGUUUCAGUCUUCAUGUGUAUAGAAAUCAAACCGCAGAACAGAUGAAGGUUCUGUUGAAGACCUUCAGCCAGAAACACCACGAUGGAGAUUGUUUUGUCUGCUGCAUCCUGAGCCAUGGCUCCAAAGACGGGGUGCUUGGCACAGAUAGAGGCAUUAUUUCCAAAGAUGACAUCUUUGGCCCAUUUAGUGGAAAUUCGUGUCCAAGUCUAGUCAAUAAACCCAAAGUAUUUUUCAUCCAGGCUUGCCGAGGAGACCAGCACCAACUGCCUGUUGAAGUGCAGACUGAUAGCUACGGGGACGUGGAAGCAAAAGUGGAAAUGGAAGACAAAGAAUCAUUAGAAUUGGAUAGUUUUGAAAUGACCACCAUACCAUCUGAUGCAGAUUUCCUUGUGGCGUGGUCAAGCACUAAUGGAUACGUCUCGAUCAGGGAGAAAGCUUCAGGUUCUUGGUUCAUUCAGUCCUUGUGUGAGCAACUAAAAACACACUGCCCAAAGGGUGAGGAUGUCCUGUCUAUCCUGCUGCAUGUCAAUAAUGAAGUCGGUGACAAAACUGCUAGAAUUCGUCACGUGGCUCCCACUAAACAGAUGCCUGUUCAUGAAGUGACCUUGAGGAAGAAGCUGGUGUUCCCUGUCCUAAAUUUAUAAUGAGCAUUUCCUAAUGGGCAUUCCCCCUGAGCAUUAUUCAUGAGCAUUAAUGAUCAUGUCUAUGGAUGUUGAGCUCCUGUUAAUAGCUCAACUUUCUGUUACUAUUAAUUAUGUACUCUAAGCCAUAAUGUAUAAAAUAGGAAACAUCAGGAAUUUUUUAUGAAAAAUAAUUGUGCUGUUUAUUUUACUUUUGAUAAAAAAAAAUUUUUUUCCAAAGCUAGUCUCAUGCGGGACAUAUUUUGAUUUAUAAAGUAAUAAACAUUCAGCUGAAAUAACAUUUGUUCAGUGUAAUAUCCACUUUGCUGAAUUAAAGAAAACGAGAAAAUGUUAGGGGGAAAAUCUGUUUAUUAAAAUAAAACCUUUUUUACGAAAUAUA